CUCGGGGGGACCCGCGCCCGGCAGGACGGGGGCGGUUGGGGCAGGGACGGACCCUCGCCCGGCACAGCCACAGCCACCGCCUCCGCCCCGCCGGCCACACGGAGCCGCCGCGGGAGGAGCGUCCGAGCCGGGAUUUGAAGAUGUCUAAAAAGAAACUGAAGAAAUUAACUGAAAAGGAAGACUCUUUGGAUGGCCGGGAUGACAAAACCUCUGAGGACACAAGAUCUUAUAAGCACACUGUGAAAGGAGAGACAGAACUCCAGAGAUCCAAACCAGAGAAAGAUGGGCAAGAGAAGAAGCGACACCGAGGUUCUAGUGUUUCUCAUGAUGCUGAUGAAAGAUCCCAAGGAAGAUCUCCAAAUAGAAGCAAAACCCCAGACAAUUCUUCAGUUAGACCUGAAAAGCAAAAGAAAGUCAUUAUCCAAUUUAAACCCAAAGAAAUUAAACACGGAAAAAGCACCCGCACUCCUGACGCCGUGACCGCGAGCAAGGAACGAAGUCGCUUGGAGGGAACAGAGAAAAGGCUCUGGUACACCUUUGAACUUCAGAGGGAGAAGGCCCUGAAGAAAAAGAGAGAGAAAGCUGAACUCUGCAAGCUCAAGUUAAAAGCAGAACAAGCCAUGAUAGAGAAGUUUAAGUCAUCUGUGUCCGAUGUGCCACGGAAAAGGGCGGACGGCUUGAAGAAGUGCAGUGAAGGUGGCAGAAUUCCAAAGAAGCCACCCGGCACCUCUGUGAGACCUGUCACUAAGGAGUCGGAUGUACUAUCUGGCCUUUGGGAAGAGGAGGAGGAAGAAGAAUAUAAGGAGUUUCCUGUGAAAAAGAGGCACGUGAGUAAACACAGAGCAACAGGCCCUUCAGCCGAGACACCGCCACGAUGGGACUCCCGUAAGCGCAGAAAGCACGAUGCUGGUUCUCCUGAACCUUCUGGACCUUCAGGGACUGAAGAAAGGGACUUUGAAGCCACAGAAGUAUGUUUUAAGCAGAAUUUGGAGAGCCUGAGCACAUCUGAGUCCUACCAGGAAGGUGAGGUCAGGAAGCCUGUGCCUGUCCAACAGAACUCUGAAGACUUUCCAGCCCUUCAAGACAGUCAGAACCCAGAAGCAGACCAAGAGAUGCAGAUAGCUGAAGACUUGCACGUUGCCCGUGUGGAGAAGAGGAUGGCACUGUCUGUAGUCCAGGCUUGUGGAGAGCUCACAAGCAUGGACAUUGAUCUUCCAGAACAGGAUUUAAACGUUUCUGCUGAGGCUUUUACUUCUGGUCUGAACAUUCUGGUGGUGAUUGACACAAACAUCAUGAUUAGUCACCUUGAGUUUGUCAGAUCCCUGAAGUCUGAGGAUAUACCAGGUGUUGACAGACUUGCUUUAAUAAUUCCCUGGGUCGUCCUACAAGAGCUGGACAACUUGAAGAAGGGGAAGAUGUUGCAGCAUGUCCGGGACAAAGCUAUCCCUGCAGUCCAGUUCAUCUACAAGUGUCUCAAAAACCAGGACUCCAGGCUGUGGGGACAGUCCAUGCAGCUGGCUUCUCAAAAAAUAUACGGGCUGAGUGAUGAGAACAACGACGACCGUGUCCUGCAGUGCUGCCUCCAGUACCAGAGCCUCUUCCCUCAGGCUGUUGUCAUUCUCUGCACGGAUGAUAAAAAUUUGUGUAAUAAAGCCAUUGUGAGUGAGGUCAAGGCAUUCUGCAAAGCUGAUUUGGUCACUGCUCUGCAGAAUGUGAACGUGAACAGGCCCCAGAGCUGUGGGGAACAGCAGCCAAAACGUGAUACAGAAUUUGAGAAGACACAAGGAGGUGAUGCUGGGUUCACUGCUCAGUUCCCAAAUGUGCUUCCAGACCUUGAGAAGAACUUAGGAGAAGCUUUGUCUUGUAUUUUGGAGACUGAAAUGAAACUUGCAUUCGGAAACCUGUGGAUGGAGAUCCUGUAUCUGAAGCCACCAUGGACAUUAGUAAACCUGCUGAAGUGUUAUAAAAAGCACUGGAUGGCUGUUUUUGGUUAUGUGGUGCCAAGGAGUUUACUUUCAACUGUUGAGUGUCUCUCUAAACACCUUUGUACAGAUAAACCAUUUGACUCCUCAACAGUGCGUGUCUUGCUCCAGGAAUCCAAAAAAUUACUCCAUGCUUUCAGCUCAAGGUCGGACUACAACGGUGUCCUGCCCCAGGCUUACACUGCACUGACCAAACUGUGGGAGAGGCUGGCAGAGGUGAGGGCAGACAGUGAGCAGCAUUUAUCAGAAGACAUCAUGGUUCUUUCAGAAAAUGCUGAAAAAAUGGAAGCCACGACACCCAAUCUGCCAAACCCUGAAGAAAAAGUGUUACAUCCAAGCUUUCAUGUGGCUCAGGAAAGCAGGCACCAGGAAAUCUGGUCGGUCCUUGAGGGUGUUUGGAACACAAUGAACCUCUACAGUAUUGAAAUAUUCCAGAAGUUGGACCCCAGUGCAGGGACUAUGGCUGCAAAGUCUUCAUUUGAGGAAGCUUUUUUAGGCCUGCAGAAGCUGUUGGCAGCUGUGAAGGAUAUCCAGGAAGGAAUUAGUAGAAUUUUGAGCCCCACAAGCAGUUUCCAAGAUAUUUGGACCCUCUAUAACUUCCUCAGAAGACACGAGGUGAAUAACAGUCUGAAAUUCACUGCUGAGGAGCUUUAUGGGUGUGUUUCCCAGGAGUUGUACAGGGAAAGGCUGGAAGUUGGUUGCUGCCAGCUGGCACAGCUGGAGCAGACCCUGGAGCAGUGCCAGGUGUCGGCACACAGGGAGGCCGAGAGCAGGGGCUGGCUGUGACUCCCCGGGCUGGGACAUCCCCGGGCUGGGACAUCCCUGGGCUGGGACAUCCCAGGGUUGUGACCCGGAGCCGGGGGGCUCAGCCCUGCCUUGGCCUGGCCCAGGUGAACCCUGACUCCCCAGGGGAGGAGAGGGAGGUGCUGGAGGAGCCAAAAACCUGCCUUCUUUGUUCUCUACGGUGCUGGUUUGUGUUGGGAGUUGAAGGAAAAGAACCUGGUUACCUGUGGACAUUAAAUGUCGAAUUUCUGCUGAAAUGGAAUGCUCUGUCUCAAAGGAGGGUCCCGGCUGGAUAUCCAUGGAUACCCAGGAAAACCACGGCUUCGGGGCCGGGCUGCUCUGAGUGCUGUUAAUGAGCCCAUAGGAAAACGCUCUGUUUGUUUUGCUGGUACUUUAGAAGUGACAGGGGAGAUAAAAGAGUCUGUUGUGUCCCUUGGGGGGCUCUGGAGGAUGGAAAGGGGCCGAGGACAAGGCUGGGAAUGAAGGACUGAGGAGGGACAACGGGGACAGAUGGAUGCUCAUUGUUUUUAAAGAACCCCCUCCCUGCUGCAGGUGUGUUUGUCCUGGAGCCCUUCACAGAGGAAAGGGAUGUUUUUCCUUUGUUAAAAUGCCUGCUUAACCUUCAUACAGUGGAAACCUGCUGGCAGUGCUCUUUGGGAAACUCCUCAUCCUUCUCUUGCCACCUCCUCCUGCCAAGGUGGGACUGGUCACCCUGCUCUGCAGGUGCCCUCUCUCACUGCACUGCUGGUUGCUUUCCAGAACUGCUUUAAGCCCGUGAAACUUUCCAAAAGCCAUUUUCCAAGGCCUUUCUAACGCUACCUCUUCUGUGUGUGCAUUUGUACAGAGACGAGAGACAACUGGCAAAGUUCUAAAGGGUCUAUUUUGAUAUUAACUUCUGGAUGUAUUUGUAAAACCUCGAUUGUACAGAUGUAAUUUAUUGUUAAAAUAAACGGUGGUUAAUUCUUGAGUGGCUCUGCCUUGGAAGCAGGAGAUCUCCCAGUCCCACACAAGGGCUGUUGCUCAGCCCUGUGCCCUCCAGCAGCACGAGGGACACUUCACCCCCUCCAUUCUACUCCAGGGCUGUCAGUUAAACACCCCCUUCCUUGCUCCUGGACCUGCACCCAUCCAAAGGGUCGUUUUUAGAAUCCCACAGUUCUGUUUGCAAAGAAAAGGACACAGAGAGCUCAGGGCACGCCUGUGGUGCGAGGGUUUCCCAAAAGGUACCUUUAAUGUGUUUGCAGCAGCAGCAAGCAGUCAGUGCUAGUUUGGCACCCAGUUAGGUGUGCAGCACUACACAUUAGACACCAAGUCAUCCCAACCCAACAGCUGAUCCAGAGGAACAGAGAGAGUGAACGAAAACAGGACUAUGAGCACAUAGGAAAUCAAGUUAUUUGUGUUCUAUCACACUUCCAGCUCGGAAUAUUAGAAAAAUAAACUUAAGACAGUUACUACAACACAUUUUCAGUGCCAGCUGGCAAGAGUUGAAAACCCACCCAUGAGAACCCCCCUCCCCGAGCUGAGGACAAAGAUCAGCUCACCCAGAGUAACAAAGGGCUGUACAGAAAGCGCUCUGCGUCCCCAAAACACCCAGAGCCAAAGGAAUUCUCCCCCCCAGGAAGUCUCAGCUGUGGUGUCUCAGAAAGCCUGUGCAGCUCUAAGGUAGGUGGUGCAGACUAACUUACACUAUUGCAGCAGAGGCAAAGCUCCCACACGGGUGAGUCCACUGUCCCACUCGCUCUCUAUGAACUCCAAGGUUGUCUCUUUGUUCCAAUAACCAUUGAUCUGCCAUGUGCAUUUCAACAGACAAAAUACUCUGCUGAGUAUAUAAAAACUGUUAUAAAAAGGCAAUUGUAAAAGAUAAGGUAUUAGCAGAGGCAUGUCAGCUUUUUUUUAAUAAAAAAAAUAGCCAUUAUAUCUAUUUAAA